UCCACUUUUAUCACAUUCUGAGUUGAAUAGCCGUGUAAUAGACUUUUGAAAUCCGCGUAUAAAAGUACCAGAACAGUAUAACGCCAUUAAAAAAAAAUCCGUUUUUCUUUUUUCCUCCAUUACAAAACUGCAAUAUCCCAAACUGAAAAUUUGGCGGGCUUCAUUCAAAAAAGGGAAACGAAAAGUACAAAGCUUUGGUUUCAACUCCCUCCAUUUAAAUCAAAUUUUUUCAAUUCAAAAACCCAUUUCAUUUGUUCUUCCAACAGGCUUUGCCUGUUCCAUAAAUUUGCCUUCCCGUCUGCAGGCAAUUUUUUUUCUCUUUUUCCUUUGUAGGGCACUUUGACGAAUUCAAUGGAACGAGAUGCGUUGACUGUGGCAUUAGAGGAAGAAGAGCCGCUCUGCGAGGUUUUGCCGGCGUCUCUGCACAGCCCAAAGGCUUCUCCGGUGGGGUUGUUGGCUUAUUAUCCUUGGUGGCCGGAGCAGGACGAAGUAAAUUCUAAGGAUGCUCAACAAGACGACGAUGGUGAUAUUCGCACGGCUUUUAGGGUUUUAAGUACAAAUGAUGAGGAUGAUUUGAAUGUGGGUGCAGGGCUCAGGAACCUGGGGAACACUUGUUUUCUCAAUGCAGUUGUGCAGUGUCUAACAUACACUCCACCUCUGGUCAGUCACCUUAAGAAUACUCACCAUUCAACUCCAUGUGAACAUGAAGGAUUCUGUGCAUUCUGUGCAAUGAGGGAACAUGUAAAUACAGUAUUGUCAUCAUCUGGGCGAAUUGUUGAGCCUUCACACCUGGUUGAUAAUCUAAGCAACUUAUCAUCUUCAUUUGAGAAAUAUCAACAAGAAGAUGCACAUGAAUAUAUGCACUGUUUGCUAGAAGCUCUACAUAAAAGUACAUUAUCUCCAAAGGCUGCUCAAGCAUGCUUGCUUUUGCAAGGUGAUAGCUUUGUGAAGGAAUUGUUUGGUGGUCGUUUAAGAAGCCAGAUAAAAUGUGUGGAAUGCUCACACUGCUCUGACAGUUUCGAGCCACUGAUUGAUCUAAGUCUGGAAAUCAACAAUUCAGAUUCACUAAUUGAAGCAUUAGACUCCUUUACUGCAGUGGAAACCAUUGAGUGUGAUGACAAAUAUCAGUGUGAGAAAUGUAAGCUUGGAAAGUCUGUAUACAAACAGCUGACAAUUGACAGGGCACCUAAGGUCCUCUCAAUCCAACUGAAGCGCUUUACCAAUACCGGAACUGUUGGGACCAAAAUACUUAAAGAUGUGUCAUUCCCUCAAAUCUUGGAUUUGAAGCCAUAUGUUAAUAAUGGGCAGGAUCUGCAGGGAGAUUUGAAAUAUGAAUUAUAUGGUGUACUUGUUCACUCUGGAUGGACAAUGAAUUUUGGUCAUUACUACAGCUUUGCCCAAACCUCACCUGAUGUCUGGCACAAGCUGGAUGAUUCGCAGGUGAGGGUUGUUGACAUAGGCACUGUGCUCCAGCAACAGGCAUAUAUUUUAUUCUACUUUAGACAAGGAGCUGAAUGGUUUCAAGGUUCAGCAACAAAAAUCUCAAAGCAUUUGUCAGUAGAAUCUCCAAAAUCUGUACUGGAUGAUUCUAAUGCCAAUGAUGAUUCCGAUUCCUUGACAGAUAAGGAGUCUCCUAGAACAAUGUCAGAUAUUCAGAAGGGUCAUGAUUCUCUUGGAACAAUUUAUGACAGACAAAACAGCCUGAAAGAGGAAAACAGCAUGGUUACUCCCGGCUUUAUAUUUAAAGCUACAGAAAGUCUGAAGCAGGAGAAUAUGUGUGAGGCCAAUGAGCUUCUCUCUGGUGCAAUGGACUUGCCAGGCAAACCAAUCAAUGUAGUUGUAUCUGGUGAGAAAGAAGCUGCAAAGAUACCGCUGGUCCCUAUAAGUUCACCAUCAGCCGAGGGAACAUCUAUUGCAAAUUGUUCAUGUUUAUCAGGCAAGGAAAAAACCACCACAGAUCCAGUUUUGGGUUUUCAAGAAAUGCAACAAGAUGAACAAACACCUAAGCAUUUAAGGAAUAUGGUGGCAGAGGGUAGUGAGGACAUGCCAAAAUAUUCAAAGAAAACCAAAGUAAUGGGAGAUGAAGGAUUGCCAAAGUCUUCAACUAAAAUCAAGCCACAGGGAGAUGUGGAAGUACCAAAGCACUCAAGGAAAUUCAGUAUUGACAAUGUGAUCAGUUCGGACAUGAAGUGUUCACAAGGUACGCCAAAUUCUAUUAAAAAAGUAUUGAACAAUAUGCCUGGUGAUCGACGUGCCUGCUUAUUGCAGUUUGUUCAAUCUAACAAUAAUUCAUUUCAAACUGCAAAGAAAGAAAAUACUACUCCGCAUAGCAGGAAAAAAAGGAAUUCCCCACUUAAGGAUUCUGUCAGGGGUAAAAGACAGAAGCACAAUGUGGUUCAGGACAAAAGUAGUCCUAGAGCCAGAAGUUCUAAUGCUGCUGGUUCCUCUGUAAAUUUCAGUCAGGACUCACAAGAGAAACAUGAAAACCUUAUUACUCUAGAAAAUGAUCCAUACAUCUUUGGGGAUGAAAUUGAACAAAUAAAUCAGUAUCUAUGCAGAACAAGUGAAGUGAGAUCAAACAGUAAACUAGACACGUCAUCUUUAUGUACCCCUACAAAGUAUAAAAAGCCUAUACACCAAAAGGUAAACAUGCAGAGACCUAAGCCACUAAAGGGUUGAUUUUUGGACGGUGAUGGGUUUACUUGAUCGGACCCACAAAAUCCCAUUUGUGGAAUUGUUUUUCUGGAGUUGUAACUGAUACAGCCAAGCAUAGAAUUUCUGCUACUGAAGCUGGUGAUGGUUUGUGUUGUUCACUUCCACAUGGAAUUCAGACCUUUCCAUCCUUUGCCGUCUCUUCUAUUUGAGGCAUUUGUAAAUUGUAAUUUGAAAUUUGUUAUUGUUUCUCAAGCCUGAUACUAAUUAUUACGUGAAACAAACCAAUGAUGCUCUACUAGCAGCUGAAUUUAGUAAGGUACGUCUGUUUGGCACAAAAGAAUACUUUAACAGCCUUAUACUGAGGAAGCAGCUGUGCCAAUCUUUUUAUCAAUAAGGGAGCAGUUUUGCAAUUGUAGACUAUCUUUACUUUGUAAUUUUUGUAGCCACCAAUUUGGAGGAAUGAUCCUCGAUCUUCAUCUUACAAUAAAACAUACAUUUGAGAUGAUCUACCAUAAGAGUGGGGACCAAUGUGAAAAUCUGAGUGCUACAUUACAAUUUCCCAUAAAUGUUGCCGUGUCCAAUUUUUGUAAGAAGAUAUCAAACAAUCAGAAUCCUUAUUCAAAAUUGAUGAAUUUCAAGGCCUUGGUUGCUUUGAUGCUUUUUAAGGU